AUGGCGAUGAUGGCGGCCGGGACGGGCAAGCCCCGCCGGCGGCGCGCAGGAAAUAAGCAUUCAUCUGCUCAGAAAAAUGAAGAUGCUGCCCAAAGGAAAGCAGCUCUGGAGGCUGCACUGAGACACAAGAUUGAAUGUGAGAAAAAAGCAUUGUCUAUUGUUGAGCAGCUCCUGGAAGAGGACAUUACUGAAGAGUUCCUUCUAAAUUGUGGAAAAUGUAUUACUCCAUCUCACUAUAAAGACAUUGUUGAUGAGAGGUCUAUCAUCAAACUGUGUGGUUAUCCUCUAUGUCACAAUAAGCUGGAAAAUGUGCCAAAGCAGAAGUACAGAAUUUCAACAAAAACGAACAGAGUUUAUGAUAUCACUGAAAGAAAGUGCUUUUGCAGCAACUUUUGCUAUAGAGCAUCUAAAUAUUUUGAAGCUCAAAUUUCCAAAAGUCCAGUGUGGAUGAGAGAAGAAGAAAAACCACCUGACAUAGAGCUGCUGAAGGAGGGACAGAGUGGACAGUCUGGAGAAGAGGUGAAACUACGUGAUGAAGUAAUUAAAGCAUCUGACAUUGAAAAUCCUAGGAUAUCUUCAGAUCCAUGUGAAUCUCAUUCUCAUGACACAGCCAGUGACAGCAGUACUGAUACUGAACAAGAAUUUAUUUCCUCUGUCCUACCAGGAAGUCAGUCAAGUUCAGCCAAUUUUGCACAGCAAUUGCCCAGAAAAAGCAUCCUCAAAAAGAAGCCUGCUCAGAAAGUCCAUGCCAGCCCUAAAACUGAAGAUGCAGAUGUGGUAGAAGUCACAGAACAACUCUCUCAUUGUAAAUUAGACACUCAGGAAGAAAGACACACUUGCUCUGUUCAUAAUGAAGUAACUGCACCACCUUCAGACAAUACUGCUCCUGGAAAAUCGAGUGCUUCAGAAAUCUUUGAAAAUACGUAUGGAUCACAGAUAGUUUUUCUAGGUGUGAGCAAAAGAGGAGCAGAACAUCUUAAAAGAACAUUAGCUAAGUCAAUAGAACAUAAAAACCCUGAACUGAGGCAUCCAGUUAAUUCCAAAGGCAGUUUACUAGAAGUACUUAGGCAAACACUUAUGGAGUGGAGAACUGAGGAAACUUUAAAAUUUCUCUAUGGCCCAAACUAUACUUCUUUGUGCUCAUCAGAGUGCAUAGCAUCUGUCAGCCAGGAGACUGAAGAACUUGAUGAGGAUGACUUAGAUACACCUGAUGAUCUCAGCACUGUUGCUGUAGGGGAGCCUGAAAACAGUUUGAACUACUCUUUACCUUUCACAGGCUCAAGUGGAAUAGUUAAGCCUGUGCCUAGUUAUGAAAAGUUAAAAGAAGAAACAGAGCUCCUAGAACUCCGAGUAAAAGAGUUCUACAAAGGAAGGUGCGUCUUGGCUGAGGAGGCAGCGACACAAGCGCAGGAAGGGGAACAUCCCAGCAAAGACAGCGAUGAUCAACAGGAAGAUCUCACCUUCCCACUUGUUGAUUCCAAUGCACAAAUGCAGAUUAGGAAGCGAAUUGUCCUUGAAAAACUGAGAAAAGCAUUAUCUGCAGUUUUGGGCCCUCUUCAGAUUGCUUCAGGUGAUGUUUACACAGAGCUAAAAAAUCUUGUCAAAACCUUCCGGUUAACAAACAGAAAUAUUAUUCACAAAAUGCCUGAAUGGACUCUCAUUGCUAUUGUUUUGUUAUCUGUAUUGUCACAAACAACUCCACUUUUCAAGAAUACUCAGUCAAGCCCAAUGUACACACAGUUCCUGACCACAUUACUGGAAGAACUGCAUUUCAAAAAUGAAGAUCUGGAAAGUUUAACAAGAAUAUUUAGAAUGGACUGACAACUUGAGUGGUCAGUCAACUUUAAGCUACUUUGUGUGUCUUAAAACCAAGCUGGUUAACCACAAGUUUAAUGUUCAGCAUUUUGUAAGUAUGUACAGUAACUACAGAUUGUAUCAGCUGGAGCAGAAAAUGUGUGAAGCACAUUUUAAAGUAAAGAAAUAUGUAUGGUAUGGAAAUGAGUGUCAUCAGUUUGUCACUUACAAUAAAAUGUAAAUAAUUUCCAGUAAAUGCCAGCUGCUUACUUGUCACACUUAUCUUUUGAUAAUGUAUGGUUGGUUUACUGCAAUUUUGAGGAAUUUUUACUACCACAGUUUAUUAAAAAAAAAAAUUCUGUGUGGCUACAAUG